GGGGUGCAGCGUCCGGCGGCGUCGCGGGCGGGCGGCGGCGGCGGCGGGGCGGGAGGGGCGCGGGGGCAGACAAAGCCGCGGCUGAUGAAUGGGAGCGCGUCCGCCCGCGCGGCCGUCGUCCGCACCCGGGCGGGAGCCGCCCGGCGCCCGCGAGCGCUUCCAGGAAGAGGCGGCCAGGGGCCUUAUUUACAUGUCCUGGGAAGCAGAGCACGUCUGCUCGUCGUGACUUACGUCUUCUCAGGAAGAGACCUAGCACCGCUGAAGAGAGGUUCUCUGAGUCUUCAAGAAGUUAAUCUCUUAUGUUGGAAGAAAGCUCAGACUUUUAGUCCACUUCACAGAUUCCUGUCCGGCACAGAGUUUGGAGAGUGACCAGCAGUGGGCAGUGGAGCUGUUGGAGCACGAGCAGCAGUGCAGCCUCUCCGUCUGGCCUCCCUGCAUUGUCUGGAUGACGGUGGCUUCCCGUCAGCCGGCUUCCCGGUGUUCGGGCCCUUUCCGCAUCCCUGUCUUCCCUGCUCUUCUCCCGCACCCUGUGUGUCAUCGCCUGACUUCUCAUCACUCUGGAAUAGUUCAGGUGUCAGCCGAGGCGCUGAGCUUUCAUUCAAGGCCACGGCUAACUGAGCCUCACCUUGUGGCCUGCCUGCCUGGAGAUUGCCACGAAGGGAGCCCUGUGCCGUUGAAGCUGGGCUGUUUGUCCUGUGGAAUCUCCUGUGGUCUGGAUUUUGCUGAUCUCAUCCCACCGGUGGUGAUUAAAUGUGCUCCUCCAGCCCUGAUGAUGCGAAAGGAUCCCCGUGCCAGCCAGGUGACGGCAGCCCCGUGUCUAAGACGAGCAGGUUCCCGCUGCGCGCGUGCAUGUUUACACCCAGAGAUUUCUGAGCGUAGGACUCCUGAGAAGCGGCGGUCUGCAUCCUAAGAUGACGUGCUCAUGAGACCCCUCAGUAAGAUUUGUGAUCAGCCACGUUCAGAAACAUCCCGGAAGAUGGGAUUCUUUUGAAAGAACUGAAGGUGAUGUGCAUUUGGGGGCACAGAGGAGCACCUGGGUCCGUUUCCCACGCCCCCGGGGUGUCGGCAUGAGGGAGCUGCCAGGGUAGUGAUGGUCAGUCAUGGAGAAUCACCGGGAGACUCGUUCCAAAGGGGAUGGCGAUUUCGUUUCUGAUGAAAUAAAUUUUAAAAUAGAAGAGGAAGAUGAUGACCGAAUCCCUAAUCGUAGCUUGGAAAGGAUGGAUUUUAAAACUGAGCCGGAGGACAGGAAGCGGGCUGACAGUGGUGACGACGGGGCAGAGGGCAGAGGGGCGAGCUGUGGCGGCCCACGCCCCGGGAGGCGCGCCUCUCCCGAGCCCGAGGACGACUACGGGGCCCUGUUGUCGCAGUACAGCAGCACGCUGUACAGCGUGGCCAUGGAGGCCGUGACGCAGAGCCUGCUCUCCGGCCGCGGCAUCGGCUCCAGGAAGAAGUCCCCGGCUUGGAAGCAUUUUUUCAUCUCGCCCCGGGACAGCACGAAGGCCAUCUGCAGGUACUGUAUGAAGGAGUUCAGCAGGGGCAAGAACGAGAAGGACCUCAGCACCAGCUGUCUGAUGCGGCACGUGAGGCGGGCGCACCCCACGGUGCUCGUCGAGGAAAACGGCAGCGCGCCGGCGCCCCUCCCUGCCCCUCCCCCGCGGCUCCCCCCGCCGCCCGCCAACGCCAGGGACCCGGGAACCGGCCUCUCACCCAGCAAGCUCGUCCCCAGAGCGGCCUCUAAGAGCCCAUCUCCCCAUCAGGUAGCGGAGGAAUCUGGCUCUGUGGUUCCUCCCGAAGACGUCUCCUCCGACGUGGCAGUCUCUGAGAGGUACAGCAGGGACGAUGCCCUGGCGGGGCUGCCCCCCCAGCCCCGCGCCGUCCACUGCGACGAGCCUGCGGAGAACGGGGCCGAGAAGAGCCUGCCGCUGCCCAGGAGCGCGUCCGGGUCCAGGAGGAGGUCCGCCGUCUGGAAGCACUUCUACCUGUCACCCCUGGACAGCUCCAAGGCCGUGUGCGUCCACUGCAUGAAUGAGUUCAGCCGGGGCAAGAACGGGAAGGACCUGGGCACCAGCUGCCUCAUCAGGCACAUGUGGCGGGCGCACCGCUCCAUCGUGCUGCGCGAGAACGGCGGGGGUGCCAGCGUGCCGCCCCCCUACUCCGCGGCCCCCACCCUGCUGCCCGCCCCGCCGCCGCCCGAGGGAGAGCCCAGCCCCGCGCCCUCGUCUCCAGGGAGGCCGGUCCAGGACCCCCCAUCCGCCGCCUCCUCCCCCGACCGGCGGGCGGAGGACCGGUCGGCGUGCUGGAACCCCGGAGACGUGCCGACGGACGCCGUGUCGGCGUUGCCGUCCCCCGACGACACGGGCGAGGCCUCGUGGGCGUGCUCUCCCGAGAAGCAGCCGGGCGCCGCGCCAAGCCCUCGCCCGUUCCAGUCCGGCGCUGUGUUCCAGCAGAACAAGAAGCUGAUGAGGAGGCUGAAGUCGGAAGUGUGGCACCACUUCUCGCUGGCCCCCACCGACAGCCUCAAGGCCGUGUGCAGGCACUGCGGCUGCGCGAUCAGCCGCGGGAAGAAGGGCGACGUGGGGACCAGCUGUUUGAUGCGGCACCUCUGCCGGCGCCACCCGGAGGUCGUGGGCAGCCACAAGGGCUUCCUGGGGGCCAGCUUGGCAAACUCCCCGUACGCCACCCUGGCUUCUGCAGAAACUGCCUCCUCCAGGGUAACCGACCUGCCGACCGUGGUCACAAAAAACAGUCAAGGUGUGUUUCCCGUCAACAGCAAAAAGACCUCCAAGUUGUGGAAUCAUUUCUCUGUCUGCUCCGCAGACCCCACGAAGGUCGUGUGCUUGCACUGUGGCCGGACGAUCAGCAGGGGCAAGAAGCCCACGAACCUGGGCACCAGCUGCCUCCUGAGGCACCUGCAGAGGUUUCACGGGGGCGUGCUGAGGCCCGACAGCCCCCGGGCGCCGCCCUCGCCUCCCGCCGCCCGGGGGCCCCUGGGCGCGGAGUUGGCGGGCGCUUCCUCCGGCGAAGGCGCCCACGAGAAGCUGUGUGAUUCUCACCCAGUUGCCAAGAAGAUAACCAGUCUCAUUGCUGAAAUGAUCGCCCUUGACCUCCAGCCGUACUCAUUUGUGGACAACGCUGGCUUCAACAGGCUGCUCGGAUACUUGAAACCUCAGUACUGCCUGCCCCCGCCAUCCUACUUCUCCAGGACGGCCAUCCCGGGCAUGUACGACCGCGUGAAGCACGUCAUCAUGUCGCAGCUGCAGGAAGCCGAGAGCGGCGUGGUCCACUUCACGUCUGCGAUAUGGAUGAGCAGCCAGACCCGGGAGUACCUGACCCUCACCGCCCACUGGGUCACCUUCGAGUCGUCGGCCCGGCCGCCCUGCGAGGACCACCACUGCUCCGCGCUGCUGGACGUGUCGCAGGUGGACUGCGACUACAGUGGCGGCAGCAUCCAGAAGCAGCUGGAGUGUUGGUGGGAGGCCUGGGUGACGUCGACCGGCCUGCAGGUGGGCAUCACGGUCACCGACAACCCCAGCAUAGGGAAGAUGCUGAACGAGGGCGCGCGCUCGAGCGUGCAGUGCUUCAGCCACACGGUCAACCUCAUCGUCAGCGAGGCCAUCAAGAGCCAGAGGAUGGUGCAGAACCUGCUCAGCACCGCGCGGAAGAUCUGCGAGCGGGUCCACCGGUCGCCCCGGGCGAAAGCCAAGCUCGCGGAGCUGCAGAAGGAGUACGAGCUGCCGCCCCAUCACCUCCUCCAGGACGUGCCGUCCAGGUGGAACACGUCGUUCCACAUGCUGCAGCGGCUCAUCGAGCAGAAGAGGGCGGUGAACGCGCUGGCCGUGGAGUGCAACUUCCGGGAGCUCAUCAGCUGCGACCAGUGGGAGGUGAUGCAGUCCGUGUGCCACGCCCUGAAGCCCUUCGACGCCGCCAGCCGGGAGCUGAGCGCCCGCGCGUCCGCGCUCAGCCAGGUCAUCCCCAUGAUGCACAUCCUCGGCCGGAGGGUGGAGAUGCUCUUCCAGGAGACCAUGGGCAUCGACACCAUGCUCGGGUCGCUCCGCGAGGCCGUGGUGAGCCGCCUGUCCGCCGCCCUCCACGACCCCAGGUACGCGCUGGCCACCCUGCUGGACCCGCGCUACAAAGCCUCCCUGUUCUCCGAGGAGGAGGCCGAGCAGUACAAGCAGGACUUGAUCAGGGAACUGGAGACGCUGGAUUCUACCUCAGGGCCCGCUCCCGUCUCCAACGGGUGUGACCCGGGCUCCCCAGCGAGAGACGGUGCCGGGGAGGAGAGCCUGUGGUCCCUCAUGGCCAAGAUGAAGAAGACCGAGCCCAGGGGGAGAGCGAAGGUGCCGGAGGACAUGGUGCUCGCCUACCUGGAGGAGGAGGUGCUGGAGCACGGCUGCGACCCGCUCGCCUACUGGAACCUGAAGCGGGCGGCCUGGCCGGGCCUCUCCGCCUUGGCCGUGCGGUUUCUGGGCUGCCCCCCGAGCAUCAUCCCCUCCGAGCGGCUGUUCAGCACACCCACCGAGAACGGCAGCUUUGGCCAGUCCCGGCUCAUGAUGGAACAUUUUGAGAAACUCAUCUUUCUGAAAGUGAAUCUUCCCUUGAUACGCUUCCAGUAUUGAAGCUCACGGUGGAGCCACCGGACGAGAAGCAGCGUCUGUCCGGGGCUGGCGGCUCACCGCGGUGGGGGCCCUGUGGGACGCAGGCCAGGCGCUCAGGUCCACGUCCACGGCAGGUUCCCGGUCCGGCCCUCACCGUCACGUCCACAUGUGCCUUACCCAGUCCUUCAGGCCAGGUACCACGGUGUGUUUUUUAAGAAGUCCACUAGAAACUGCCUGUCUUGUCGAUUAUGAAAUACGAUGAUUAGGUUUUCAUUCAUAACUGUAAAGUUUUUUAAAAGGUGGGGGUUAGUAGUUUGUUUUAUUAGAAGGGCGGAGGAGAUGUAAGCAGUUUUAUUCUGUAGGCUUUUUAUUUGAUGAUGUAAAAACCACAAAUCAGGUACUGUAUUUUAGUUGAAAAUUGCUUUAAUUGCAGCAAAACAGCUUAUGUGGCUGUCAGAUAAAAUCUGUAAAUAGAAGGUGGAGUUCAAGCCAUCCUGACGGAGCAGUUCCUAACUGUGGGCUCUAAAGUACAUUGCGGGGACAGCGCGUACUCUGGGAGGUAACUGUUUACCACGACAGACAUGGCAUUCGAAGACAAGCCUGCGCUCAGAUGCACCCCACAAUGUCGGUCAUGUGGGGUUCGGGGAAGAGAGCACUCCCGUUUCAGGGGUUUGCCCUCGGUGCCGCGUGGGCUGUCAGCUCGGAUACGUCCCCGCUGUUCACAAUGAGCGCCGGUGGUGCCCGCUGUGUAGCUGGUGCGCAGUGUGACACGUUUACAGCAUCCUGUUGAUGAAAUCUCCAAGCCUCUGACUCAGUGGCUCUACAUCAUGAAGUUAUGAAAUUUGUGCACUGACCCCCAAUUUGAUCAAAUUACGUAUACAGUUCUUUUUAGAAGAGGUGGCUUAUUAACAGGGAAGAAGAUU